AUGCGUGCUACCCAUUUCCUCGCCCUCUCAGGCCUCAUGCUCGCCGGCAAGGUCGCCCUCGCAGCGGAACUCGACCGCGACGACGUCCCCAAUCGCUGCUGGGAUGUCUGCGGGCCCGUGGUCGGCAUCGCCCAUCGAUGCGACGGCAUGCACGACAACGACCGCAGGGAGAUGGAUUGCAUUUGCGACUGGAAGCAGGCUCCGUCUCUCAUCCCACUCUGCGAGGCCUGCAUCGCAGACUACCGCGCCGACAGAAACAACACCGACCGAGACCGUCACUACGACGAGGAGCAUGAUCUUUUUGACGACGACGAUGACGACGAUGAUGACCGGGACCCGCAUCACAACGACGCAUAUGAUAUCCUGCGCUCCUGCUCUCUCUCCACCACCUCGUACAACGCCGCAGCCGCUACUUCUGCCCUGAGCGCCACCGGCACCGGCUCUGGUUCCAGCUCUACCAGCACCGGCUCAGCGAGCGGCUCAGGCUCUACCACCGUCAGCGCCACGGAUUCCAACACCAGCGCCACCUCAACCAACAGCGGCUCUUCCAGCGACGAUUCUUCAUCCAACGGGUCCAACAACAACGACAACAGCAACAGCGCAGACUCCAGCGGCACCGACAGCGCCAGCACCGCGCAAACGACCGACAAUGCUGCACCCGGGUCUUCAGCACCUCAGGCUGCUUCUCUCGCUGCUAUCGUUGGUUUGGGGUUCGUUGCUUGGCUGUGA